UGCAUCUGGAAGCAAAGGAAGUGAAAAUGAUAAUUCAAUAUUAGUUAUUGCUAAUGGUACACAAUCAUCACGAUCUAUUUCUAUUGGAGUGAGCAUUGUUGCAUUACAUAUUUCAUAUCCAGCUGCAACAUUAACAUCAAAUGCAGUAGAAAAACAUUAUUCAAAUAUUAAUAUUAUCGUUUUUACAGCAGCAUAUAGCAUAUUUAAAAGUUAUAGUGUUAGUUUUUAG